AUGCAGCGGGCUUGGCUGCAGCGAAUUUGGCUGCAGCGGGGCUGGCUGCAGCGGGCGGGUGUGCAGCGGUCCGGGCAUUGCUGGCGUUGGUGGGGGUGUGCGGGCGGCGGGUCGGGCGGGGUUCCGGGCCGGGCCGGUCCUGCCGUUGGGGGCCCGGGGCGGGCGGCGAGCGGCGGGGGCCCGGGCCCCGCGUCCUACCGCCUCGUCUACACCUGCAAGGUCUGCUGGACCAGGUCCACCAAAAAGAUUUCCAAGUUAGCGUACCAUAAUGGGGUGGUGAUAGUUACGUGUCCGGAGUGCAAGAAUCACCACAUCAUUGCAGACAAUUUGGGCUGGUUUUCAGAUCUGGAUGGGAAAAAGAAUAUUGAAGAAAUUUUGGCAGCUAAAGGGGAGAAGGUGAAGCGCGUGGCCGGCGAGGAAGCUUUGGAAUUAGUUUUGGACACUGCCGAAGCUAAAGAUUCAAGUUGCUCCUCUGAGGAAGAAAAUGGCAAAAAACUCACAGAAGCCAUUAAAAAGGACCAACUGUGAUCAGGCGGGUUUUUUGGUUUUUUUAAAAUCUAGUCGCUUACACAGAAAGAGACUGUUGCUGGGUUUUCUUUCAUCUGUGAGUAUGUUUUAUAAAUAAAAAUAGCUCGUCCUGAUAAUUGAAAAGUAA